AUGUAUUCUCAUAAUGCAAAUUCCUUGAUUAUAGGAUACUGUGGUGCAGAUUGGGCAGCCAAUGUUGAUGAUAUAAAUAGCACUUCUGGUGGAUUUUUCUUCUUGGGAAAUAAUCUAAUAUCUUGGUUUAGAAAGAAACAAAACUGUGUGUCAUUGUCUAUGGUUGAGGCUAGAUAUAUUGCAGCAGGAAACAGCUGCUCUCAAUUAAUUUGGAUGAAACAAAUGUUAGAGGAAGACAAUGUCCAACAAGAUGUCAUGACAUUAUAUUAUGACAACUUAAGUGCUAUCAACAUACCUAAGAAUCCUAUUCAGCACAACAGAACUAAGCAUAUUUAUAUUCUUCAUCAUUUUAUCAGGGAUCUUGAUGAAGACAAAAUUGUCACUCUUGAGCAUGUAGCUACUGAGAAGCAACUGACAGAUAUUUUCACUAAAGCUAUGGACGCAAAUCAGUUUAAAAAGUUUAGGGUUAUUACUGAUUUCGUUCCUCUCUCUUUAGUUCCUAGCCAUGGAACCCCUAUAAGGAAGCCUAGAACAUCUGCUUCGAGAAAGGGAAAGCCCUCUAAAGUAAGUACCUCUUCCUCUCGAUCUAUGGCUGCUAGUAAUGUAAAAAUUCUUGAACCCUCUACUAUUAUCAAGAAACCUCAUUCGAUGACUAGCCCAUACCUUGAUCCUAUUAAUGUCGAACCUAAUGUUGAUGCUUCUGAAAAAUGUCCUGUUGUCCCAAAUGUUAUGGAAAAUGUUGAAGCCUCUAAGAAUAACAAUAAACCUAGAUCUGUUACUACUUUGAGUAAAUGUGUCAUGAUUAGUUCGAAUAAAUACGGCGUAGAUAAGAAUAUUCGUGUUCUAAUCUCUCAAGUUUUAGAUAAAUCUGAUGUCAAUAUGUCUACUCAGUCUCCUGAAAAAUAUGAAGACAAAGAGGAUUUUGAUGGCAUGUCUGGUGAUUUAGCUGACAAAGAAGAAAACUAUGUAGAGAGGAAGGAUCAAUCUACAAACAUAAUGAAUAUAGAUGAUCUAGAUUCUGAUGAUGAGCCAAUUGGCAAAAGACUGGCUCCAGGAAUAGCGAAAAUGUUAAAGAACAAAAAAGGUAAAGCAGUUGAAUCCUCCAGCACGUCCUCAAAAUCUCUCAGUAGAAUAACUAGUGUUGGCACUACAAAAGGAUGGAGCAAGGUAGUUACUACUGUUUCCAAGAGGAAAUCUCUUAAGAGGAAGCAAGUCCCUUCUGAGUCAAGUGAAUUUUUCCAUGAUAUUGAACACAAUGUUCAAGACAUCGUUUCUACUACAAGAAAAAGACUUGCACUGGAAAUAGAGCUUGUCAAAGAUGCACUCGAAUGCAAAGGAGUAAUGAGUCUGAUUCAAGAAGCUAGAUUAAUGAAGAUUGUGAUUGGAUUUAGCAAGUGUUAUGAAAUGCUUGUUAAAGAAUUCAUUGUGAAUAUCUUCAAACAAUGUGACAACAAAAGGAGCAAGGAGUUUAGAAAAGUGUAUGUAAGAGGAAGAGAUAUUACGGCUAAGCAGGUGAAAGAAUGGCCAAGGAAAGGGAAGCUGUCAGUAAGUUACUUGAGUGUGAAGUAUGCAUCACUUCACAGAAUUGGAGUUGCUAUUUGGGUACCAAUUAAUCACACUUCAAACAUUGCUACUGGAUUGGGCAAGUUUAUCUAUAUUGUAGGAAACAAGACAGAGUUUGACUUUGGAUCCUAUGUCUUUGAUCAAACAAUGAAGCAUGCUGUCUCUUUUGUUGUGAAGAUGCCAAUAGCCUUUCCCACAUUAAUUUGUGGUGUUAUACUAAGUCAACACCCAAGUAUUUUACUCAGUUCUGAUAGUGUCUGCAAAAGAGAUCCCUCUCUGUCAUUACAUUAUAGGCUUUUCAUUGGGAAAUAUGUUCAAGAUAUUGUCAUGACAUAUGGCCGGAAACCUUCCAGGCCUACUACUAGAACAUGCAUCCUUGCUGACCUAAAAGACACCUACAAGACCUUGAAUGAAACUAUCACAAUAUGUACUGAGAGGAAGAGCAGGCUUGAGAUUAUGAUAAAUGCCUUGUCUAAAGAAGAAGGGAAUUUGAAAGGUGACGAAACAAGUGAAGAAGAUUCUAAUGAAGAAGGUGCUAAUGCAACUGAUGAUGAAGAAAAUACCAGCAGUGAUGAGGAAUGA